AUGAUAGCAAAGUUUUCUCUACUAGCGCUCUUGGUCGUUGUGGCCAGUGCCUCACCCGUCACCCAGGACACGAGCAUGGUCAACUAUGGCGAGGCCGUUGAAAUGUUUCUCGAUGCCUGGAAGAAGAUGUUACCUUGUGGCUAUGCUCCCGACAAUAUUCCAGUCAUGGCUCCGCUGACUGUCGACUUCUACGCCUUUGACUACAACAACGGAGAGACAAAUAUUGUGGGCAAUGUGAGCAACAUCCGCAUCUCGGGUCUGAAUAACUUCCAGGUGCUCAGCGGCAGCUUCAACCCCAACACGCUGCGUUCCACCUACGAUGUUUUGUAUCCCGAGAUACAAAUAUUUGGUUCCUAUGAGGUGGAGGGCGUUAUUAGCAUUGCUGGUUUCCCAGUUCCAAUACGCCAAAGUGUUCUGAUCAACAAGAAACUGACGGAUUGGCGUUUCGUGGGCGAUUACACGUUCGCCCAGAGCUUGAGCAACUCCAAUGGACUGCGCAUUAGCGACUUCAACCUGCACUAUUUUGUUGGUGAUGUGAAGGUCGACAACUGGGACAAGUACUUGGACAUUGCCGCUAACAAUUACUUCAACGAUAUCAUCGGUUCCUUCUCCCUGCUGUUCACGGAGGAGAUUCAGCCUUAUAUCAAGCCGUUCUAUGGAAAGUAUGUGUUGCCCUCCAUAAAUGCCCAGCUCUCUAAACUGGACUUGACUCAGCUGACUGACUACUUUGUAAUGCAAGCCGAGAUCUGGAACAGUGCUGGCUGCAACGUUAAGGCUUAA